GGGCGCAUGCGGCGUGUCUUUCAAUUGACGUGCAGUGACGUGGCUCGAGUGAGGCAUGUAACAGAGAGUUUUGUAAUUUUUUUUAACAUAAUUUUGUGUAAUUUUGUUUAGUUCGUAAUGUUAUAACGUAAAGUAACCGAUGAUAUAAUCGCAUCAACGUUGAUAAUACUUAUCCAGGCUGGUUAAUGGUUUCUUGUGUGAGAGCGAUCUCUUGGCAUUAUGACAACGUACGAGGAAUUUAUUCAACAAAAUGAAGAUCGCGACGGUGUGCGUUUUACCUGGAACGUUUGGCCUUCUUCGCGUAUCGAUGCUACCAGAUUGGUCGUACCCCUGGGUACUCUGUACCAACCGAUUAAGGAACGAGCAGAUUUACCACCAAUUCAAUAUAAUCCAGUUUUGUGUACGAGAUCCACUUGCAGAGCUAUUCUAAAUCCAUUAUGUCAGGUCGAUUAUCGUGCAAAACUCUGGGUUUGCAAUUUCUGCUUUCAAAGGAAUCCUUUUCCACCACAAUAUGCUGCAAUUUCAGAACAAUAUCAACCAGCAGAACUUAUCCCUAUGUUCUCAACAAUUGAAUAUACAAUAACGCGUGCUCAGUGUUUACCUCCGAUAUUUUUACUUGUUGUGGAUACAUGUUUGGAUGAUGAGGAAUUGGGAGCACUUAAAGAUUCCUUGCAAAUGUCAUUAUCUUUACUUCCACCUAAUGCUCUUAUUGGUCUUAUCACAUUUGGCAGAAUGGUUCAAGUUCAUGAAUUAGGAUGUGACGGUUGCAGUAAAAGUUAUGUGUUUCGUGGCACAAAAGAUUUGCAACCAAAACAAGUCCAAGAUAUGUUAGGUGUGGGAAGACCAAUACCAAGUCAAGCUCCAAAUCAGCCAAGAGCACCUGGUGCACAACCAUUGCCACCUGCUAAUCGCUUUCUGCAACCAGUUCACAAAUGUGAUAUGAGUUUGACUGAUCUUUUGGGAGAGUUGCAACGUGAUCCAUGGCCUGUUGGACCAGGAAAACGACCAUUACGAUCUACAGGUGUGGCAUUGGCAGUUGCCACAGGUCUUUUGGAAGCUAGUUACGCGAAUACUGGCGCUAGAAUUAUGCUAUUUGUUGGUGGACCGUGUUCUCAAGGACCCGGCCAAGUUGUAACUGAUGACUUAAAGCAGCCAAUUAGAUCCCAUCAUGAUAUUCAAAAGGACAACGCUAAACAUAUGAAAAAGGCAACCAAACAUUAUGACGCACUUGCGUCACGCGCUGCAACCAAUGGUCACAUAAUAGAUAUUUAUUCUUGUGCCCUUGAUCAAACUGGUUUGUUAGAAAUGCGGCAGUGUUGCAAUUCUACUGGCGGUCACAUGGUAAUGGGAGAUUCGUUCAAUUCUUCUUUAUUCAAACAAACCUUCCAGCGAGUGUUUGCCAAGGAUGCUAAGGGUGACUUAAAAAUGGCGUUCAACGCUACCUUAGAAGUAAAAACGUCGCGCGAGAUUAAAGUUUCUGGAGCAAUUGGACCGUGCGUAUCCUUAGGAGUGAAAGGAUCUAGCGUAGGAGAGCAAGAGGUCGGUUUAGGUGGAACUUGCCAGUGGAAGUUUUGUUCACUGACGCCAUCUACAACAACAGCGUUAUUCUUCGAAGUAGUAAAUCAACAUACAGCACCGAUCCCACAAGGUGGAAGAGGUUGCAUUCAAUUUAUUACUCAAUAUCAACAUAGCAGUGGGCAAAAAAGAAUCAGAGUUACCACAAUUGCGAGAAACUGGGCAGAUGCGUCAUCUUUGCAUCAUAUAAGUGCUGGAUUUGAUCAGGAAGCAGCGGCUGUUCUCAUGUCACGUUUAGCUGUAUUCAGGGCAGAAAAUGAUGAUGGUCCCGAUGUUUUGAGAUGGGUUGACCGUAUGCUUAUUAGACUUUGUCAGAAGUUCGGCGAGUAUGGAAAAGAUGAUCCGAAUAGUUUUAGAUUGGCAGAAAACUUCUCUUUAUAUCCGCAGUUUAUGUAUCACUUGCGUAGAUCACAAUUCUUACAAGUAUUUAAUAAUUCACCGGAUGAAACUAGUUUUUAUAGACACAUGCUUAUGCGCGAAGAUUUAACAAAUUCCCUGAUAAUGGUCCAACCAAUCUUAUACAGUUAUGGAUUUGACGGUCCUCCAGAGCCUGUAUUGUUAGAUACUUCGUCUAUUCACCCUGAAAAAAUUUUAUUAAUGGAUACAUUCUUCCAAAUUCUCAUAUAUCACGGAGAGAAAAUUGCGCAGUGGCGACAGUUGAAGUAUCAAGAUCGGCCAGAAUACGAAAACUUCCGACAGUUAUUAGCAGCACCUGUCGAUGAUGCAGCUGAAAUAUUAGCUGGUCGAUUCCCAGCACCUCGAUAUAUCGAUACGGAACACGACGGUUCUCAAGCUAGAUUUUUAUUAAAUAAAGUGAACCCAAGUCAAACUCAUAACAAUAUGUAUGCUUAUGGUGGGGGGAUGCCGAUAUCCAAUGGGGAAAAUGGUGCACCGGUUCUGACAGAUGAUGUGAGUUUACAAGUGUUUAUGGAACAUUUGAAGAAAUUAGCUGUAUCAUCUACAGCAUAAAUUAACAAAUAUGUUAUAUUUAUGUAAUAAUAGUAAUAAUAAUGAUAAUAAUAAUAAUAAUACGAACAGAACAACGUAAUAUCCACUUAUCACAUGAAAAAUGUAUGUGCUUCAGGAAAUUAAAAAAUCAAGAAACAUAUUAAUCUGUAGAAUAAGUGAAUAGAAUUUGAAUAUGUAAAUAUGAAUUAUGUUAAUAAAAAAUGGUAAAGGAU